ACUAACCCGGAAGAGAGAGACGAGACUUCACGGGAACAACAGCGACCAAAACACGAUCCUUGCAGCUGGAUUUUAAUUUGAAAUAUCAGCGCGAAGGGAGGUAAGAAAACAUGAGCUAACAGGCAGAGAAGAUUGAGGCCGGCAGGAAGCAGCUCAGUGUGUCGUGGUCGUCAUCUACAGGAAAGCCGCACGAGCAUCUGUUACAGCAGGAAACAGGGCCAAAGUAUGGAGGAUGAUGAACUUCCGUCAGAGGAUGGGAUGGGUGGGUGUAGCUUUCUACUUGCUGCUCAGCGUCAUGGUGGCUUACUACGUCUUUGAGGUCCACAGCUUCAGUUUGGAACGUGUGCAGAGAGCAGGUGCAAGCCCAUCAGCUCCACCUCCCGCUAUCACUGUCCAUAUGUCACCACUUCCUCUGUGGAUGUGGGCAUUGAUCUUCCUGCUGCCGUACCUGCAGCUCUUCCUCUUCUUGUUCUCGUGCACGAGGGCAGACCCCCGGGCUGUUGGAUACUGUGUGCUUCCUGUCUGCAUCGCCCUUCUGUACAGCCGCCGCCAUGCCGCCAAACCAGCUAAUCACAGGGCAGCGGGCUCGCUCAUCGACACGUAGAGGACGACCAAUUAGAGAGCCUCCCACGCGAUGGGGGGGGGGGAUGACAGCAGGACAAGUUUGUGAUGUCACUUCCUGUGUGCCUUUUAAACACUCCAACAAGUUUUACCAUGAUUGCGGCCUGACAGGAAGUUCUGCUGCCCUCAGUACAGACUGACAGCACCCUGUGAAAAAGCCCCUCCCACCAGUGCUUCCUCGUCUUCUUCACCGCCGUCUUCUUCGUCCUCAUCUGUGACAGGUGAAACAGACAGGUGAUGAUUCUACAUUGAACCUGGAGCAUCAGACACCUGCAGUAAUCAGCAUCCUGCCAAUUCACCAAUCAAAGCGAUCAAUCCACCAACAAUAAAUCUUCAGUGACUUCAUCACAGUUAGUGAUACUGAUUGUUUGAUCAGGUGAGACAGGUGCUACAGGUGUUUUUUUUUUGUUUUUUUUUUUGUAAUGAAACUUUUAUGAAGUGAAAAAAAACAUUGACAAAAGGACACAGACAGAGGUCAGUACUCAGGUGUGUACUGGCACGAUUAUGUUCUAAACAUUGUUUUUGUUUUUUUUUUUUUUUGUUUUUGUUUCUGAAUAAAACGAAGCAGCUGUAAGAAGA